GGGCGGCAGGGGCGGCCCCGGCUCCCCCGCCAGGUCGCAGAGGAGAGCAGGGACCAGCGGCAGCCGGCGACGCUGGCACGAUGGGGAACCGGGAGAUGGAGGAGCUGAUCCCGCUGGUGAACCGUCUGCAGGACGCCUUCUCGGCGCUGGGACAGAGCUGCCUGCUGGAGCUGCCGCAGAUCGCCGUGGUGGGCGGCCAGAGCGCGGGCAAGAGCUCGGUGCUCGAGAACUUCGUGGGCAGGGACUUUCUCCCUCGUGGGUCGGGCAUCGUAACCAGACGGCCUCUUGUGCUGCAGCUUGUUACUUCCAAAGCAGAAUAUGCUGAAUUUCUACAUUGCAAAGGAAAAAAAUUUACAGAUUUUGAUGAAGUUCGCCAUGAGAUUGAAGCAGAAACAGAUCGAGUGACUGGAAUGAAUAAAGGCAUUUCCUCCAUACCUAUUAAUUUACGAGUCUAUUCUCCACAUGUGUUAAAUCUCACACUUAUCGACCUACCUGGAAUUACUAAAGUGCCCGUGGGAGAUCAGCCACCAGAUAUCGAGUAUCAGAUCAGAGAAAUGAUCAUGCAGUUUAUCACGCGGGAGAACUGUCUGAUUUUGGCUGUUACGCCAGCCAACACCGAUCUUGCAAACUCAGAUGCACUGAAGCUAGCUAAAGAAGUUGAUCCUCAAGGUUUAAGAACCAUUGGAGUCAUCACCAAAUUGGAUCUUAUGGAUGAAGGAACAGAUGCCAGGGAUGUUCUAGAGAACAAGCUGCUGCCUCUUCGCAGGGGCUAUGUAGGGGUGGUAAAUAGAAGCCAGAAGGACAUAGAUGGGAAGAAGGACAUUAAGGCUGCCAUGUUGGCCGAAAGGAAAUUUUUUCUCUCACAUCCGGCGUAUAGACAUAUUGCUGACCGGAUGGGGACCCCACACCUGCAGAAGGUCCUUAAUCAGCAACUUACCAACCACAUUCGAGAUACCCUGCCAAACUUCCGAAACAAACUACAGGGGCAGUUGCUCUCCAUAGAACAUGAAGUAGAAGGCUACAAAAACUUCAAGCCAGAAGACCCCACCAGGAAGACCAAAGCAUUGCUGCAGAUGGUUCAGCAAUUUGCUGUGGAUUUUGAGAAGAGAAUUGAAGGGUCAGGGGAUCAAGUAGAUACCCUGGAGCUCUCAGGAGGGGCUAAAAUCAAUCGUAUUUUCCACGAACGCUUUCCUUUUGAGAUAGUAAAGAUGGAGUUCAAUGAGAAAGAAUUACGAAGAGAAAUAAGCUAUGCAAUCAAAAACAUACAUGGUAUCAGGACAGGGUUGUUUACUCCAGACAUGGCAUUUGAAGCAAUAGUCAAAAAGCAAAUUGUAAAGCUGAAAGGGCCUUCCUUGAAGAGUGUAGAUCUGGUAAUACAAGAAUUAAUCAACACUGUUAAGAAGUGUACCAAAAAACUGGCAAACUUCCCCAGGCUCUGUGAGGAAACUGAAAGGAUUGUAGCCAACCACAUUCGUGAGCGAGAAGGGAAGACAAAAGACCAGGUACUAUUAUUGAUUGACAUCCAAGUCUCCUACAUCAACACCAAUCAUGAAGAUUUCAUUGGGUUUGCAAAUGCUCAGCAGAGGAGCAGUCAGGUUCACAAGAAAAACACAAUUGGAAAUCAGGGAACCAAUCUUCCGCCUUCAAGGCAAAUUGUGAUUCGCAAGGGGUGGCUAACCAUCAGCAACAUCGGCAUCAUGAAAGGAGGCUCUAAGGGAUACUGGUUCGUCCUUACUGCUGAAAGCUUGUCCUGGUACAAAGAUGAUGAGGAAAAAGAAAAGAAGUAUAUGCUCCCCUUGGACAACCUGAAAGUUCGAGAUGUGGAAAAGAGCUUUAUGUCUAGCAAGCACAUCUUUGCACUUUUUAAUACAGAACAAAGGAAUGUAUACAAAGACUAUCGUUUCCUUGAGCUGGCGUGUGACUCACAGGAGGAUGUAGACAGCUGGAAGGCAUCUCUACUGAGAGCUGGGGUUUAUCCCGAUAAAUCUUUAACUGAAAAUGAUGAGAAUGGCCAAGCAGAAAACUUUUCCAUGGACCCACAAUUGGAGAGGCAAGUGGAGACCAUUCGCAACCUCGUAGACUCCUACAUGUCUAUCAUCAACAAAUGUAUCCGAGAUCUUAUUCCAAAAACAAUAAUGCACCUUAUGAUCAACAAUGUUAAAGAUUUCAUAAAUUCAGAGCUCCUAGCACAGUUAUAUUCUUCAGAGGACCAAAAUACUCUGAUGGAGGAAUCUGCUGAGCAGGCUCAGCGCCGGGAUGAGAUGCUUCGAAUGUACCAAGCCCUUAAAGAAGCCCUUGUGAUCAUCGGCGACAUCAACACUGCCACCACUUUCACCCCUGCACCGCCUCCGGUGGAUGACUCCUGGAUACAGCAUUCCCGCAGGUCACCCCCUCCAAGCCCCACGACCCAGAGGCGGCCGACCCUGAGCGCUCCCCUCCCGCGGCCCGCCUCUGGCCGAGGGCCCGCGCCCGCCAUCCCCUCGCCCGGACCCCACUCGGGGGCACCCCCGGUGCCCUUCAGGCCCGGCCCGCUACCCCCUUUCCCCAGCAGCAGCAGCAGUGGCAGUGGCAGCAGCGACUGGUUCGGAGCGCCCCCACAAGUCCCCUCCAGGCCCACGAGGGCCCCACCCAGUGUCCCCAGCCGGAGACCACCCCCAUCACCAACUCGUCCCACUAUAAUCCGUCCACUAGAAUCCUCCCUGUUAGACUAAACGAAGUGUCUGGCAUGGCAAUUAAUUACUAAUGAAUUAUGCGAAAGCAACAUAUUUGAUCAGUAAAUCAUGAGUAGUCGCAUGUGUGGACAUCAGUAGGCAAGUAACCAGUUUUACUAAUGCAUUCAUUACUCAUCUUCGUUGCUCAUGGUGUAUCAAACCUUUGGAGUUUGACUCUUGAAAACUGCUGACCCUUCAAGGCUUUCUAUGUUGUACUGACCAAGGGUAGGUUUGUAUAGCAGCCCUAUAUUUUGGAGACCAUUUGCCUACCCAGGUUAACCACCAGGUAGCCCAUUAAGUAUAAUUCUUAAGAGCUAUGAGAUGGUGGGCUUAGACCUAAGCCAUACAUAUAUUUAUUUUCCCACAUUCUGUUUUGGCUUACAGAAGUUAUGUUGUCCAUUAUUAAUAUCUCCUUCUACUCUAUACUUACCUAUUUAGAUCUUCUUUCCUUCCUCUUUAUUUCAUAGGACUGCUAGGAAGUGAUUUUAAAAAAAAAAAUUAGGAUUCCUUAAGAAUACAACUUUUCCAGAAGCACAAGAUAGCUUGCAAAGGAAAAGUUAACGCAUUGCUUGCUCUAGAGAGCUUCUCUUCAUACCAAUGUGUUUUGCUUCAUGCUAGAAGCAUAUUCAACAGCAAAUCAAAGCUUAAUUUUCAGUAGCCUAUCAGUAGAUUUGGCUAGUUAGUUUCAGAGUUCAAGGAAGAAGCAAAAUAUCACAUCUCUAGAAGUGUCUGGAAACAUAUAAUUUCUUUAUUCACAUAUAUAUUCAUCUCCUUAUGGGUUACAGUGACUGACAUGGAAGAUAUUUAAUUUUUCAAACUGAGCUAAUUUUAGGCAUAGCUAACUACACAUUGACACAAACUCCAGUUUAUUUAUUUAUUUGGUUGGAGCAAAACGUUUUCUCUUUCCAUGCUAAUUUGUAAUUCCCUCAUGUAAGAAUUUAUCUGCCUUUAAGACUAGGUUAACGUAACUUUCCAUCCAUUCUAGGCUUUCUUAAUAUAUCUUGAGCCUUACUCUGGAAUAACUGUUUUCAAAAGGAGCCCCAGAAUGAAAAUAGAAGUCGUUUAGUAAGAGAUGCCAUGGUUUAAGAGCAGAGCUCACACUUUUACAGUUGUAGGAUUUCAGAGUCUCUAUACAGGUCAUUCCAAAUAAUGGUAUUAAGACAUCGAGAUCUAAAGCAACUUGGCAAAUGCUAGCAUUUCAAAAAUUUACUAAAUCCUUUUAGCCUGGGGGUUAAUAGUUCAGUCUUAAGGCUGAGUUUUAGACUACCUAGGACCAAAUGAUUAGCAUGUAGGAAACAGCCAGAAGCCAACUGGAAUUCCGUCUGCUAACUGUUCCCAGACAGCAGAGCAAGUCCUCACUGAAUAGUGGCGUCCCAUGACACUAUUUCAUAUUCUACAGAAGUAAAUCAGGUUUCACCAACUGAAAUGUCUCCCUUUGAAAGCAGCAAACAUGAUUUGUAUGUUAACUUCACUUUAAUUUCCUGUGUACUUUAUACCCAAAGCAGACACCCAUAAAGUAUGAAGUAAAAACUUUCAACCAUUAUUAAAAAGAGAACUUGCCAACUUGAAUGACAUUGUCUUGAAGUUAUUUUAAAGGGUUACAGCUAGCCCACUUAUAACAGGCAAAAAUCAGAGAAUACAAGAUUUAUAAAAAGAACAUUUCAACUUUUAAGUUAUAAGUUAUUGUAUAAAGAACAGCACCCUAAAUCUUCUCAUAUCUUUUUUUUCCGUCAUUUGAAAAAAAUCUUAACUCUUUGUGAAUGGAACAGAUAUGCAAGAGACAUAAUGUGUGUUUAAAAUAGUGCUGCAGCUAAGUGGGAAUGUGUUACGUAAAUGUCCAUAGUAAAACAAAUUAUCUACAGAGAUCUUAUCAUAAAAUUCCCUCCUUUUAGGAUUCCCUUUGCUUCUUCCUUUGAAUUCUCUAAAAUAGGCAGCUAACAUUAUAUACUUCGGGGUUUGGCUUUGUGCUAAAUGUGGUUUUGCAUUUUGCUGUAUUUCAAAAAUUUCCUUCUGUUAAAGGAAAAUAUUGUGGAUAACCACUGGUGUGUUCUUAGAUCAGCACAAACCAUGUCGAAGAAAAUUGGAGAUGUUUUUCCAACUUUCCACUGAUCUUAUGUAGUCAUAAACAAUGGCAUUUGUCAUAUUUGGCUUUUGCUCUCAGAUUAUAAUCCUACAGUUUCACUGUCCCAAUUGUCUCUGUUUGUAGGCACAUUUUUGUCCUCUCACUUCUCAGUUAUUUCUAGCCUCCCCUGGAAUUCCAGAAGUCAUGCUGGAGAAUACGUUGUUUGCUGCAGUACUAUGUCAUAUGAUUAGUAUUAAUGCCAUUUCCCAAAGGGUUUGCAUCCUGCUAAAAAGGAAAUGUAAAGGUGAAUGAAGUCGGAAGCUCUAAGAUGUGUUUAAAGUGCGUUGUCCAUACCAGGCCUUAAGGUGGGAAUGUAGCUUAAUGAGCUUUCUAAGAGUUUCCCAUACCACUUCUCAUCUUUUGUGUGGCUUCCUCCUGAUUGCUCUGAUGUGGUCUACACAAUAGAUGUCUAGCAAAAUAAAAUAAAACAUACAAUAUUUUUAGGAUUUGGAAGAAUUAACUGUAUAUGUUUGUUUUAUAGGUACAUCACUUCUUGUCACAUGCUAAAUAUUGCAUGCUUAUUGACUAAUUGGAAUAACCGUUUACUCAAGUGUGAACAGAUUAUUGAAAUAGUAUUGAUUUAGAACAGAUAUAUUGCAUUUCCAGAAGUCAUCCACCAAGAUUACUCUUCUGAAUGUUGCUUAUAGCUGUCUUUUAUAGCACAGAAGAGCAGUAGGGUUUAUUAGUAAAUUGCCUACUUGUUCAGAUUCAAACUCAUUCUGUUCCAAAACAUAAUGAAACCAGUUCCUGUGAUAUAACUGUAAGCCUUCUAAACUUAGAAUUUAAAAAUAGUCAUAAUAGAUUAAUUUUAUGACUUUUUAGUAUAGACUGUAGCCAUAAUUCUCAAAUAUGAAAUGGGACCUAAUACCAGUAUGUGAUAAAUGUUGAUGUUUUCUGUGUACAAACUUAUUUUCUAUGCAUGUGUCUAUGUAUACAGUAUAUACAUGGUGAAUUCAUUUCUGUAAGUACUGUGUUUUGUGCCCCUUUGGGUAGGUAGGUUUAAAAGCACUUGUUAAAAUGCCACAAGCAUGAGUGUGAAUGUAUGUGCACUGUGUAUAUAUGCUAUGUAUGGGUGUAAAUAUUUAUGUAUACAUGUGCUGUAUGUGUGGGUAUGAAAAUAUUUUUAAACUGUUAAUACAAGAGCUCACUUUGGAGGGUCUGCUGUAAUACAUGAUAACAGUGGUUUAUAUGACAAUGAUAACAUACAUGAGGCAUACAAAAUUUUUCCAGGACAGACACAAAGCUCAGAAUUACCAUGACAGCACAGUAGAGUAACAUCCACAGACAUUUGUACCUAAGUCCACAGCACUGCUAUCUAAGAAGAAAUUACCUUUGCCAAAUAUAGUGUAAGAUCGGGAAACAUACUUUUAAAAUAUCUGAUUGGAAUUAUAAAUUAUUCUUGGAUUGCUGAGCUGAAUCUUGAAAAGCUUAAAUUGGUCUACAUAGUUAUUCUUCAUAGUAAAUGUCAAAAAAAUAAAUUGGAGAGAUCAAGCAAUAUAAUAAAAAGAGCAGACUUUUUGGAGUAAAUUUAUCAAAAAAUGUAGGGAAGAAGUUAAUACCUCAGAGGUAGGUCAUCCAUCUCCUCUUUCAGGUAAAUAUUUCUCAUUUGGCAAACCAGAUAAGUAUUUGAAAGAUAAGUAUUUGAGAAUAAAGCCUAAAUAGUAGGUCUCUGAACUGUGGAACCCACUCAAGGGAGAUAAGAUAUGAGACUCAAACUGAGAGUUUUAUAUCCAUUUCACCAAGAGGAGCUGUGAGCUCAGAGUUUAAUGUGAAUAAAGCUAGAUGAGUGUAGAGAAACAAUAUUAGUCCAUUAGAUCACUCACUCCUUUCUUAAAAGUUCACAUGUGUCUUCUAGAUAAUCUUAAGUCAUCCUGUCUAGUUGGUAUGCUUUAAAUUGUGUGGUGCUCUGUAUUGUGAAACUUUAAGAAUAUUUUGAAGCAUAUGUAGUAUAUGCAUUGCUACUUGUAUAUAUGUGUAAGAAUGUGUAUAUGUGUGGGAGCAAGAGAGAAAACUCAAGGAGGAGUCUCCUGUUUGUCUUAAGACCUGUUCAUACUGGUAUAUACUGGUGAGACUUCUCACCACUCUGGUCUGGGGUUUCACACAUGGCUCAGCUCAAGGCAUUCAUUUCUUAAUUUUUACCCUUUCAAUUCCUUAAACUCUGCUCAUUGUGUAAUUUUUUUAAAGUAUUAUAAAAAUUACUCUGUCAACCUCUUGCAUUGUCUGUUGCCAGUUUGAUAAAAAACGAUUCCUCUCAACCAGAAAUUUCACCAAUACUUGAUUUAUGAUUAAUUUCAUAUGUACAGCCUUUGUUUUGUUUGCCCAUCUAUGUUUCUUUUUUCUCCCUUUUCUGAAUCAAAUUCCUCUUUUGCUUUUUUAUGAAGCAGCAGUGUGUAGAAGCAAAAUCUUACCUUCUCUGUUGAUUCUUUAAUUAAUUUGAGCCAGAAUACUUUCCACUGUCUUCUUGGCACUUUCGAGAUUUCUUACUGCUGAUAUAUGGAUGGACUCUGUGAAUGGAAUUUUUGAAGCAAGUUUCUCAAGCCUGUAUCAUUCUUGAAGGUUACACGUACCUAUUGUGAAAAUGUGAAGCUGUAUUUCUGAACUUGAAAUAAAUGAUAACACUUGAAGGACUCCCCCUUCCUCGUUCUUGUAUAAUACAUUUGGUUCAUAUCUAUGCAUAUCGGUAAGACCUGAGAUGUCUGAAUACUUAUAACCCUUUUGAUCAAAUUGGUCCAGAAUUACUGAAAUGGGGAAUAAUAACAUUUGGCAUUACUGUCAUUUAAUUGGGGGGAGGACAAUAUUUUUUAAAGGGAGCAAAUCAGACAAAUCAAAGGCAGGAGAGUGGGAGACAUUUUAUUUCUGAUUCAAAUUCAUUGCUGAACUAGGUUAAAAGGGGCACAUGCCUUAGACAGUUGCAGGGGUGCAAUGUGACACUUGACAAGAGGCACCAUUCUUAUUUUGCCAUUAAAGAGGAAGUGUUCAUGAAAAAACCCUGGGAAGCAAAAAGAGGAAGAACACUCUGCCCAAAUGUUAGGUCCACAGAAGGCAUUUCUUACAGAAAGUAAUUGAGCUCUUGACUCAAUAGUUGGCCUCCAUUAUUUAUUCAUUGGGCAUCGAGGGGAGAAGCUACCCUUUUAGUUUCCCUAAUAUUAAGGAAAUGGAAGAGUGCUAAACAGUAGCUGCACACAUCCUUGUCCGCAGG